AUGCCACAAAUAGUACAUGAACUUUCCUUUAAACGUUUUGUUGAUUCAUUGAAAUUAACACCAAAAUAUCGUCUUGUUGAGUUUGGUGACAUAUGGGUAGAAAUCUUUCUUUGGUGCUUCAUGACUUCCAUUGUUGUUCACUUCAUCGCUAUGAUAAUCGCUAUUGUAUCUUUGAGAAGUCAUAAAAUAGGCCGAUGGUACUCACUGUUGAUUAUGUUAGCUGGUAUAAUAACACCGAUUGUUCCAUCUGCCCUUACAACUGCACUUUUAUCAGCAAUAUUUUAUGCUGCAUCUGUGGAAAUUAAACCAUUCUUUUGCUUCCUACUAGGUGUUGGUCAGACAGGUGUUAUAUUAUUUUUCUCCUUUUUCAAAAUCUUGUCUACAUUAUAA